AUGUGGAGGUCGGGAACCACCUAUGAUGAUCCAAAGAAGAGGGUUAGUGACGAGAAGAGAAGUGAGAAAGAGGUUGUUGAGGAUGGGGAUGUUGAGAUGGAAAAGGGCAUUGAGAAAAACAAACCCCACGAAAAGAAGACACCUUCACCCCCUAUUGAUGGUAGGUUUCUUGAUGGAUUGGUGCCCUUUCUCGGUAAGCUAGCGGAAAUGAAGUUGAAUGAGAAGUUUGUGAAGUUUCUAAGGGUGAUGAAGGGUGUACACAUCAAUAUUCCCUUCCUUGAGGCAAACACACAAAUGCCUUCCUAUGCAAAGUUUCUCAAGGAAAUUAUUUCCAACAAAAAGAAGACCGAUGAAGAUCUUGUCACUCUUCCUUUUGAAGUUAGUGCUCUAGUGCAACAUAAGAUGCCCAAGAAGCAACAAGAUCCCGGGAGAUUUACUUUGCCGAUUAAGAUUGGGAAUUUGGAAGCAAAGGGUGCCUUGGCCGAUCUUGGAGCAAGUGUAAGUUUAAUUCCAUUUUCCAUUGCUCAACAACUCAACAUUGAAAUGAUCCCUACAAGGAAGGCAAUUUAG